ACCGCAGAAGAAGAACAAUUCCGGAAGUCCACGUCACUGCUGCAGAACCGGCACGCGCUCCAGCACCAGGACCAGAACCGGGUCUAAACCAGGACUAAACCAGGACCGGGGCUGUACUAGGUCUGUACCCGGAGCAGAACCGGGACUGUUGAAGUUCCGGGACAGGGUGAGCAGAGGAUCCAGACCUGCUCCAGGACCAGGACAGGACCUGGAGUCCAGACCCAGUGAUGUGUGACGAGGCCACGCGGCGUGUAGUUGCUCAGAUUCCACUCUUGAAGACUCCGGCUGGACCUCGGGAACCUGCACUUUGGCCCUCUCGCCUGAAGGAGGAGUAUGGAGCGCUGAUAAAGGCAGUGGAGCUGAACAAAGCGGCGGAUUCUGAUUGGUUCAGAUUGGAAGCUAACGCUGACGGGACUCGGUGGAGCGGAGUGUGCUGGUUUAUUCACGAGCUGCUCAAGUACGAACUGCAGCUGGAGGUACAGCUGACCGUGACGUACCCGACCACAGCUCCAGACCUGAUCCUUCCCGAGCUCGAGGGCAAAACGGCAAAGAUGUUCACAGGAGGAAAGAUCUGCCUGACGGAGCACUUCCACCCGCUGUGGGCCCGGAACCAGCCGCGCUUUGGCAUCGCCCACGCCCUGGCGCUGGGGCUCGGGCCCUGGUUAGCCGUGGAGGUGCCCGACCUCAUCAGCAAAGGGCUCAUCACGCACAAGGACGGGCAGAGUUAGCACAUGCUGACACACACAUGCUGACACACACAUGCUGACACACACAUGCUAACACACACAUGCUAACACACACAUGCUAACACACACAUGUUAACACACACAUGCUAACACACAUGUUAACACACACAUGUUAACAUACACAUGCUAACACACACAUGCUAACACACACACACACACACAUGCUAACACACACACUGCACCAUAGUUCCAUGUCUGCUUCAUAUUUCUGAUGUCUUUGUGUGUAAAUUGUGCGAGGGGGCGUGUCCAAGCCUCUGAUUGGUUGUGUGGAUCCAUCUGAUGCUCCUCUGUUCUUCUGUAGAGUCAAAUAAACGAUAGAACAAUCAUGCCUCCACGUUUGUUGUCGUGUU